CAAGGAUUGUCAAGAGAGGAUAUUAGAUUCUUGGAGAUUGCUGAGAGUUCUGUCAAGCUUGAGGACAAUCAUUAUACCUUGAAGUUGCCAUUUAAAAGGGAAAAUGUGUAUCUUCCUAACAACUUCUCUUUGGCAAAACAGCGGAUACUUGGAUUGAAGAGGAGAUUUCAGAGAGAUGAGCAGUUUUAUGAGGAGUAUGUAGCAUUCCUCAAAGAAAUGAUUAAUAAAGGCUAUGCAGAGCAAUUGCCCACUCAGCAGCUGAAAGGAGACAGCGGCAAGGUGUGGUAUAUUCCUCACCAUGGUGUACGUCAUCCCAGGAAGAGGAACCUGCGGGUGGUUUUUGAUUGUGGUGCGGCCUUCAAAGGAACAUCAUUAAAUCAAGUCCUUCUGCAAGGUCCCAAUUUUACAAGUACAUUGCUUGGUGUUCUCCUAAGGUUUAGGCAGGAGUCGGUAGCUGUCAUGGGAGACAUACAGGCAAUGUUUCAUCAGGUUAGAGUGGCAGAAGAGGACCGAGAUUUCCUCCGUUUCUUGUGGUGGCAGAACGGAGUUUUUACAAAAGAAGUGUCAGUGUUUCGCAUGACUGUCCAUCUUUUUGGGGCUGUCUCCUCUCCAAGUUGCGCUGCCUUUGCGUUGCGAAAAACAGCAGAUGAUCAUCAAUGUGAAUUCCAUGAGGAGGUUGUUCAGACUCUCAAAGAGAAUUUUUACGUAGAUGAUUGCCUUAAGAGUGUGGCAUCUGAAGAGGAAGCAGUUUCUUUAGUUCAAGAUCUUUCCAAUCUCUGUCAGCAAGGAGGUUUUAAUCUGACAAAAUGGAUAAGCAACAAGCGCACUGUCCUGCAAACCCUUCCUGAGGAGUGUCGAGCCAAGGAGUGGAAAGAGCUGGAUCUGGACAAGGACAGCUUGCCUGUUGAGAGAGCUCUUGGUUUGUUGUGGUGUGCGGAAACUGACUCAUUUAAGUUCAAAUUGGAGAUUCAGGAGAAGUCUUGCACAAGACGUGGAAUGUUGUCAGUGUCCAGUUCGGUAUACGAUCAAUUUGGGAUUUUGGGACCAGUAGUGUUACCUGCUAAGAUCAUGCUACAGGAGCUAUGCCGGAGGAACUUUGGAUGGGAUGAGACUGUGCCCUAUGAGAUAUUGUGUGGUUGGACACGGUGGUUGAAGGAACUUAAUGCACUCUCUGAAUUCAAGUUUGAGAGAUGCGUUAAGCCCAUGAGUUGGGGUUUCUACAUACAUGCGCAGCUUCAUCAUUUUUCAGAUGCAAGCGAACAGGGAUAUGGCACAGUCACUUACCUUAGAAUCCAGAAUAGCAACAGUGACAUUCAUGUGUCCUUCCUCAUGGGCAAGGCUCGAGUAACACCUUUAAAGGCUAUCACUGUUCCCCGCUUGGAGCUAACUGCAGCUGUUCUUGCUGUCCGUGUUGAUCUGAUGCUAAAGAAAGAGCUGAGGCUCCAGUUGCAAGAAUCAGUCUUCUGGACAGACAGCACAUCUGUACUCAAGUAUGUCAUGAAUGAGGACAAGCGGUUUCAUACUUUUGUUGCCAACAGAGUUUCCAUCAUCAGGGAAGCCACAGAGACAUCACAGUGGCGAUAUGUUGGCACAAAGGAGAAUCCAGCUGACUAUGCAUCCAGAGGAAGGAGGGCUGGAGAUUUUAUCAAGAACAACAGAUGGAUAGAAGGACCCAAGUUUCUGUACAAACCAGAAGAGGAUUGGCCUGUAAAUAUGGUGGACACUGCAGUAGGGGUUGAGGACCUAGAGGUCAAGAAGGAAGCCUCUGUCAAUGUGGUAAAUACUCAAGGCUCACUGAAGGGUACAAAUAGGUUGAUGGCUUACUUUUCAGAUUGGAGGAGACUGCGAGUAUCAGUUGCCUGGUUGCUUAAGUUGAAGAGGAUGUUGUUGAGAAGGAUUUGCAAGAGAAGAGUCAGAUACUGCUGAAGCCAACAAACAGAAUGUCCUAGAGCAAGGGAAUCAAAUAGCUAAAGGUAAAACAGGAGGACAAACCUUGUCGGCAGAGGAUCUUAUGGAAGCUGAGAUGGCUAUAAUUUGGUAUUGCCAACAGCAAAGAUUCUCUGAGGAAAUCGCUGCUUUGUCUUCUGGAAAGGAUACAGUAAGCAAACAGAGUGCCAUUUAUAAGUUGGAUCCAUGGUUGGAUAAUGGGCUUCUGAGAGUUGGAGGGCAGCUGACACGGGGUUCGUUGCCAGAAGACACAAAACAUCCGCUACUCCUCUCUAAAGAUCAGCAUCUGGCUACCCUUAUACUGAAAGAUUUACAUCAACAGCUUGGCCAUAGUGGGCGUAAUCACAUGUUGUCUGCUUUAAAAAGAAGGUAUUGGAUUACAGGUGCAACCUCAGCUGUGAGGAAGGUCGUAGCAGAAUGCUGCUUCUGUAAAAAAUAUAAUGGGAGGAUGAUGGGGCAGAAGAUGGCUGAUCUGCCUAAGGAGAGGAUUAUGCCAGAUUAUCCGCCGUUUACCAACACAGGCGUUGACUAUUUUGGACCAAUAGAGGUGAAAAAGGGAAGAGGUACAGUGAAACGCUAUGGUGUCAUCUUCACCUGCUUGGCCAGUAGAGCUGUUCAUCUUGAACUUGCCAAUUCUCUUGACACAGAUGCCUGCAUUAAUGCUCUGCGCCGAUUUAUCAGUAGAAGAGGGCAA